AUGUGUGCGCCGAAGGAUGACGAAGAAUACGAAAAAGAGUGGCCGUACUCAUGCGAUCUUAGCGUUCUGGAAGGGCCACGUCAGGCAUGGGCAUACUGGAAUUCUUCAGUCGUGGACUACCAAGAUGAUGAUGAUGAUGAUGAUGAUGAUGAUGAUGAUGGUGGUGGGAUGGGCUACUAUCUUGCGUAUGGCAGACAGGAGCCAAUGAAGUGUGAGGAUAUUGAUAUGCCGGCCGGAUGUACUGCCAAGCCCUUGUAUCUGACGACUGAAACGGUCUCGGUGUUCUUGAAUGGAGGCAAAUGUCUAAGGCGAUCAGUUCCAUGGCCAUUGUGGUCAACUUGCUGCCAAUCCAACAAACCUUAUUGCAAGGAACGGGACCACAUGUACCUAAGAAUCCAGAGCAAUGAGCAAUGA